AGUGACUAACAAACAUUGGCGAGCUUAAGCUUUAUCAGUCUGGAUGAUUUUUUGGCGCGCAACUCGAGAAGAUCUUUGUUUGGCGCACUCUGAUUUGGGUUUUUCUCAGUUUCUUUCCUCAAUUUUCUCUGCGAAAAUGUGAGAUGAAGAUGAUGAAAAUCACAGCAAAACAGAUGCAAAAAAAAGGGAAAAGAGAUCGCUAUAGAGUGAGAUGGAGGGAGUAUGAUCGGAAAGCAAGUGAUCAGUUGAAGUGGCAAAAUGCACAACCGAUCAGAACGGUCUCGAGAGCAGACGUAUUGCAGUUUUAAUUGUUGAGUUUGCUGUAUCUUCAUCAUUGAGAUUAAUUUAAGACAAUUUGUUGGAGCUAUUAAUUGGAGUGGUGAAAGUGAAGUGAUUUCAAUUGUUUGAAGAUUGUUGCUUUUUGGUGGGAAGUUUUUUUUGUUCCUUUGGUAAAUUGAGAGAAAAGUGCGUGAAACUGAGGGAAAUGGCCUUUUUCCGGAAUAUCUGGAAAAAUUCAAAGCACAAGAAACUUUGUGAAGAAUGGGCUUUAGCUACAAAUAUGAGGGACUUUAAUGAUCCUUAUGAGGAUCUGGAGGAUGGAACUGAGCCAUCAACCUUCAAUGUGAAGUAUUUAGGGAGUACAGUGAUCGAUGCAGCCCGUUCAGAAGAUGCAACGGCCGAAGCAGUCAAAACGGUGAUAUCAACGGCCAAAGCAAGUGGCAAGAAGCUGCAGCGGGUUAGCCUGUCAGUGUCUCCGAAAGGCAUCGAAGUGCAUGAUCCGGUUUCUGGUGAGACACAGCAGCAAGUUUCCGUCUAUCGGAUAUCAUACUGCUCUGCCGAUGCCACACAUGAUCACGUCUUUGCAUUUGUGAGUAGUUUGGAUCACAGAGAGUCAACUUCGUCUUUUGGGGAGUGCUCAUCAUCGUCAUCCCAGAGCUCUGACGCACCAGCAAUUCUCGAGUGUCACGCAUUUCUCUGUCCAAAGCGCAAAGUGGCCCAAGAAGUGGCUCUCACAGUGGCCAGGAGCUUCGGACGUGCCUAUGAGCUAUGGCAAGUGGCAAGCAGGAGGCGGAAGUUGUUGGAGGAACAGCGUUCUGAAGCAAAAGUACAUCAAAUGGACACUGAAAGCAAUGCCGUGAGGAACCUGCUGAUUGACUUUGGCAGUGAAGGGGAUAUGUGCAAGGAUCGCAGAGGAUAUUUCCAGAACACUUGGGUAUCCUUUGAGGAAAAUGAAUCCAGCCACGAUCUCAAUUUCAUCUCGCAUCUCCACGAUAAUUCCAUGAUCUGCUCCUGAAAACGUCCUGCACAAUUUCUGUUUAACUUCUUUUAUUUGAUGAUAUUUUAAUAAAAUUUGGUGGUUUUGUACCGGA